UUGUCUGGGGGCGGGGCUCCGGCCUCCUCGUUGAGAGUCCCGGAUUUACCAGGGCCGGUGGAAGCGCCUCGGGCUCCCCCCCAGGGUCCCGGCCAGGGGACCCGGUGAACAUGGCCUCUGCUACUGUGGCAGCGGCACGACGGGGCCUCGGCCGGGCUCCCCCUCUCAUCUGGCGCGGCUACCAGACCGAGCGGGGCGUUUACGGCUACCGGCCGAGGAAGCCCGAGAGCCGCGAGCCCCGGGGCGCCCUGGAGCGUCCCCCAGUUGACCAUGGCCUUGCCAGGUUGGUGACAGUAUAUCGUGAGCAUGGUCAUAAAGCUGCCAAAAUCAACCCCCUCUUCACCGGACAAGCCCUGCUGGAGAAUGUGCCUGAAAUCCAAGCCCUGGUGCAGACACUGCAGGGACCCUUCCACACGGCAGGAUUAUUGAACAUGGGGAAGGAAGAGGCCUCACUUGAGGAAGUGUUAGUCUAUCUCAAUCAAAUCUACUGUGGGCAGAUUUCUAUUGAAACCUCCCAACUUCAGAGCCAGGAGGAGAAAGACUGGUUUGCCAGGCGGUUUGAGGAACUGCAAAAGGAGACGUUUACCACAGAGGAGCGAAAACAUCUGUCGAAACUAAUGCUGGAAUCUCAGGAGUUUGACCACUUUCUGGCCACCAAGUUCUCGACAGUGAAACGAUACGGAGGCGAAGGGGCUGAAAGCAUGAUGGGCUUUUUCCACGAGCUGCUGAAAAUGUCGGCCUACAGCGGAAUCACUGAUGUCAUCAUUGGGAUGCCCCAUAGAGGGAGGCUGAAUUUAUUGACAGGCCUUCUGCAGUUCCCUCCAGAGCUGAUGUUCCGUAAAAUGCAAGGCUUAAGUGAAUUUCCAGAGACGUUUUCAGCCACUGGAGACGUCCUGUCUCACCUGACCUCCUCUGUGGACCUGGACUUCGGGGCACACCAUCCCCUCCAUGUGACAAUGCUGCCCAAUCCCUCGCACCUGGAGGCCGUCAACCCCGUGGCCGUGGGCAAAACUCGUGGCAGGCAGCAGUCUCGCCAAGACGGCGAUUACUCGCCAGACAACUCAGCCCAGCCAGGGGACAGGGUCAUUUGCUUACAGGUCCAUGGUGAUGCUUCUUUCUGUGGUCAAGGGAUUGCUCCUGAAACGUUCACGCUGUCCAAUCUCCCGCAUUUCAGAAUUGGUGGGAGUGUCCAUUUGAUUGUUAAUAACCAGCUGGGUUAUACCACUCCAGCUGAAAGAGGAAGGUCUUCUUUAUACUGCAGUGAUAUUGGAAAGCUUGUGGGCUGUGCCAUCAUCCAUGUCAAUGGAGACAGCCCAGAGGAAGUGGUCCGUGCCACACGACUGGCUUUUGAAUACCAACGCCAGUUCCGCAAGGAUGUGAUUAUUGAUCUGUUAUGCUACAGGCAGUGGGGCCACAAUGAGCUGGAUGAGCCAUUCUUCACCAACCCCAUCAUGUACAAAAUCAUCAGAGCUCGAAAGAGUAUCCCAGACACGUAUGCAGAGCACCUCAUUGCCAGUGGACUCAUGACGCAGGAGGAGGUGUCUGAAAUAAAAUCCUCCUACUAUGCUAAGUUGAAUGAUCACUUAAAUAACAUGGCCCACUACAGCCCCCCUGCCCUGAACCUGCAGGCCCACUGGCAGGGCCUGGCUCAGCCAGAAGCACGAAUCACCACCUGGAGCACAGGUGUGCCCCUCGACCUCCUGCAGUUUGUUGGCGUAAAGUCUGUAGAGGUGCCGAGAGAGCUGCAGAUGCACAGUCACCUGCUGAAGACACAUGUUCAGUCCAGGAUGGAGAAGAUGAUGGAUGGAACCAAGCUAGACUGGGCCACCGCGGAAGCUCUUGCCUUGGGUUCCCUACUUGCUCAGGGUUUUAAUGUUCGUCUAAGUGGCCAAGAUGUUGGCCGUGGAACUUUCAGUCAGAGACAUGCAAUGGUGGUUUGCCAGGAGACCGAUGACACCUACAUCCCCCUGAACCAUAUGGACCCCAAUCAGAAGGGGUUUCUAGAGGUCAGCAACAGCCCCCUGUCAGAAGAGGCCGUCUUGGGAUUCGAAUACGGGAUGAGCAUUGAGAGCCCAAAGUUACUGCCCCUGUGGGAGGCACAGUUUGGCGAUUUCUUCAAUGGUGCCCAGAUCAUCUUUGACACAUUCAUCUCUGGAGGAGAGGCCAAGUGGCUCCUCCAAAGUGGCAUCGUCAUCCUCCUUCCACACGGCUACGAUGGGGCUGGGCCAGACCACUCAUCCUGUCGAAUAGAGCGUUUCCUGCAGAUGUGUGACAGUGCGGAAGAGGGAGUGGACGGAGACACUGUGAACAUGUUUGUGGUUCAUCCAACAACUCCUGCACAGUAUUUCCACUUGCUUAGAAGACAAAUGGUCCGGAACUUCAGAAAACCACUCAUUGUUGCUUCCCCUAAGAUGUUACUCAGGCUCCCAGCAGCCGUGUCAACUCUUCAAGAAAUGGCACCAGGUACAACAUUUAACCCGGUCAUUGGUGAUUCAUCUGUGGAUCCAGAAAAGGUUAAGACCCUCGUGUUCUGCUCUGGCAAACAUUACUACUCCCUGCUGAAGCAAAGAGAAUCUCUCGGGCCCAAGAGGCAUGACUUUGCCAUCAUCCGCGUAGAGGAACUCUGCCCCUUCCCAUUGGAUUCUUUACAGCAAGAGAUGAGCAAAUACAAACAUGUUAAAGAUCAUAUUUGGAGUCAGGAGGAACCUCAGAACAUGGGUCCAUGGUCGUUUGUUUCUCCAAGGUUUGAAAAGCAGCUGGCCUGCAAGCUCCGUCUGGUGGGCCGGCCCCCUUUGCCAGUACCCGCUGUAGGAAUUGGCACAGUUCACUUGCACCAGCAUGAAGAUAUCCUCGCCAAGACCUUCGCUUAAUGAUGACUUUUGAAGAAACACUGUUUCUCUUUAAGAAAAUGGCCAUUAAGGCCGGGCAUGGUGGCUCACGCCUGUAAUCCCAGCACUUUGGGAGGCCAAGCCGGUGGAUCACCUGAGAUCAGGAGUUCAAGACCAGCCUGACCAACACAGUGAAACCCUACCUGUACUAAAAAUACAAAAAAUAGCUUGGUGUGGUGGUGGGCACCUGUGAUCCCAGCUUCUUGGGAGGCUGAGGCAGGAGAAUCACUUGAACCUGGGAGGCGGAGGUUGCAGUGAGCCAGGAUCAUACCAUUGCUCUCCAGCCUGGGUGACAGAGCAAGACUGCAUCUCA